UCUCCGCCUCUCUCGCCGUGACUUCGGCUGAGUUCAGACCGGCAGUCGGCAAUGGACCGGGGAUGUUGGCCAGAAAGGACCUCGUCCCCGAGGAGUAUGUACUGCGGCUGGUGGAGGACGUGUCGCGGCCACGCUACCGGGAGAAGCAACGCAAGGUACGCUUCGUCAAUAAGAACGGCGCCUGCAAUGUGGCGCACACCAACAUCCGAGAGCAGGGCCGCUUCCUGCAGGAUGUCUUCACCACACUGGUGGACCUCAAGUGGCGCCAUACACUGCUCAUCUUCACUAUGAGCUUCCUGUGCAGCUGGCUGCUCUUCGCCAUGAUCUGGUGGCUGAUCGCCUUCGCGCACGGCGACCUGAACGGCGCCGCGCCGCCCGCCGUGCCUUGUAUCACCAGCCUGCACUCCUUCACCUCAGCCUUCCUCUUCUCCAUCGAGGUGCAGGUCACCAUCGGCUUCGGCGGCCGCAUGAUCACCGAGGAGUGCCCGGCUGCCAUCACCGUUCUGAUCGCGCAGAACAUCGUGGGGCUGGUCAUUAACGCUAUCAUGCUGGGCUGCAUCUUCAUGAAGACGUCGCAGGCGCAGCGGCGCGCCGAGACGCUCAUCUUCAGCAAGUUCGCCGUCAUCUCGCCGCGGGACGGCCGCCUCUGCCUCAUGUUCCGCGUGGGCGACCUGCGCAAGAGCAUGAUCAUCGGAGCCAGCAUCAGCGUGCAGGUGGUGCGGCGCACGACCACGGCCGAGGGCGAGGUGCAGCCGCUGCGUCAGAUCGACGUGCUGCUCGACAACCCGGUGGGCGGCGGCGCCAUCUUCCUCGUCUCGCCGCUCAUCAUCGCGCACGUUAUCGACCGCGACAGCCCGCUCUACCACCUGACGGCCGCCGACCUGCAGCGCCAGGACUUCGAGGUGGUCGUCAUACUCGAGGGGGUGGUCGAGACCACCGGCAUCACCACCCAGGCCCGCACCUCCUACCUGGCCGACGAGAUCCUGUGGGGGCACCGCUUCGUGUCGGUGGUGAGCGAGGACGAUGGCCGCUACUCGGUUGACUACUCGAAGUUCGGCAACACUGUCAAGGUGCCCACGCCGCCCCUCGGCGCCCAGCAGCUGGAGCAGGAGCGGGAGCAGGCCGUCGGGAGUGAAGGACGGGUCGCCGCCUUCGACAUUUCUCCCGGGGCGAGGAGGAGGUCCUCAACUCCCCCAACCCAAUGAUUCGUGACCCCAGCACCACCUCUCCCCCAGGCCGACGGGUGGCAGGGACGAGAUCCCAACACCAACCAGGCAACUCUUCCAAGCUUUCCCAAUUCGUGUUUCCCAGGGGGUUUUGUUUGGCCAUUGUGCAUCUACUUAAACGUUUUACAAUUUUGUAAAUAGGAGAAUUUUACUAAAGAAAACUGGUAAGAGACAUUAAACUGUAGCGUUGGCAUGGUUAGGUUUAAGUACUAAAGAUAAGAGUUUUCUAUACCUAUUGUAGUAGCUGUUGAUCAAUCCAGUAACCAGCCAUUCUAUUUUCUUCUUGUAAAGUUUGAUGGAGGAUGGCAGACCAACAAAAGGUGCAUUGCUACUACCUACUGAGCUGGAGUGUGGAGCAAAAAGAUAGGAAGUUUACCCACUAAAUCCCGCUCCCCCCACCAAAACUCAAAUAAUAUCAAAGUCUAAUGCUUUUCAGAAAGUCAAAUUCUGAAAAAGGGAAUCAUACAACCUAAUAUGUUGACUAUGUAUACGUGUAAGUAUAACUACUGUACCUGUAUACUAAUCUCCCAGUUGAUUUCGCACCAUACACUGAAUUUUAUAGAAAUACCUUCCUUUGUUGCUUUAUCUGAACUUUGUUGCCAUAGUAAGGAGAACGUGCAAAUGCUGGAAUGCAAGCAACACACACAAAAUGCUGCAGGAACUUAGUAGGCCAGGCAGCAUCUAUGGAAAAGAGUACAGUCACUGUUUCAGGUAAGACCCUUCUUCAGGAUUCAUGUGUCCUGAUGAAGGGUCUUGGCCUGAAAAGUUUACUGUACUCUAUUCCAUAGAUGCUGCCUGGCCUACUGAGUUCCUGCAGCACUUUUUCAAUCAUGGUUUUCAUCUUUUUUAUGCGAAGGCACCUCGACAUUUAUGUCCUUAAUUUUAAGUGAUUGCUUGGCUAGAAUGUCUGUCACCUCAUUUCCUUCAACUUCAACGUGGGUUGGGCCCCAUAAGAACUGAUUACACAAACCUGGACCCUGCUGCCGUAACAGAUGUCCAAUCUCAAAAGGAAUGUCUGGCCUAUGAUUUGAAAUAUCUGUUUUAAUAAAUGUCAAAACUGAGAACAAAUCAGAGCACAGAAGGAGGGUGUACUUUUUAUACUCAUUUCCAAGCUAAAAUAAUAACAAUCAUCUCAGAUGUGAAUAUUGAUACAUAUACUAUGAUAGUCUUCUUAAUAGUCAACUGAGACUGUGGAACAUCACAGAAAUGUCUGAAAGACUUGUUACUGGAUCGUUUGAGCCAUCUGUAUAGAUAUGUAAGAAGCCAUAAUAUGCCUUGCAUAUUGCUGAAUUACAUGUGCCACUGAUAAGCAAUCAUUCUUCAUCUUAAUCUUAAAGACUUAAAUGAACCGCACAUAAAGGGAAAAACCACGGAACGAGGUAAACUGUGACCAUAAUCCGUAUUAAACAACCCAAGAUUUUGCGGACAUUCACUUCCCAUCCUCCAAAAACUGAAGAUAUUAUGAACGCAGUGCUCACAACACUUUAUUAAUGCUGCCAUAAUUGGAUGACCAACUUUAUGUCCCAUUACGUUAACCCAAUUAGCCACUGGCAACUGUAAUCUGCAUAGAUAUAAAGGUACCUCACCCGUUUCUCCCAAUAAUGUAAAAAUUGGGAAUGAUUGAGCUUAAACUAUCUAUUCUAUUUCAAAGCUCCUGUGAAGCUUAAGGGGAACUUUCACACUAGAUGCCCUUAAGUUUUAACCUUAUAUUUACAUUUUGAUUGACAAACCACUGGGCCUCCCAACAAUAAAGGGAGACUCAGUGCGCAUUUCACUGCACUAGUUUGCUGGCUUUUAACACUACCACAGGACAAUCACAGGAAUUUUCUGACACUUAGUUUUCAAAAUGCAAAUACUCUUAAUUCAUCACUUGCAACUGGACAUAAGCUCACUCCUGCACAGAAUUAACCGGCUUUCAAUUCUGUAAGUAUGUUUGCAAUUAAUGUAUUACAAGUGCAUAAAGUACAUUUCAGACUAUUGGCUUGAGCAAGAAUAUGUAAUAACUGAUUCAGCAAUAAUUUACAGAUCCCCCCCCCCCAUUGAAAGGUUAGGAUUCUUCAUCAAGCAUUAGUAAUUUAACAAACUUAGCCAUGUCCUUUGCUUUGAUAGUGCUACAGGGUUAGGGAUAAUUUGCUUCAUGUGAAGUUCUCUGGGUUCUGUGGUAGCUGAUUAAGCUUAUUCUGGCAUUCCUGGGUACUAGAUUAGGAAAGAAGCUGAAUAGUUAAAUACAUGGUACAUCCCUUCUGUCUUUUACAUUGUGUAUCCAUCAAUUGGGUGCAAAGUUCAAAAAAUACUGUUCUCCAUUUCAAGACAAUAAUUCCCAAGCAGAAGUGUUGUUAACAUCUUUGAAUCACUUCCUCUGUCCACCUAGCAAUUUACUGCUUUUACAAGGUUGGAGUUGUGUGUCUGGUUCUGAUGUUGAGCAUAUGAAUGAUGUGGCUUGUCCAUUGGAGCGGACUGAGUGCAGUUCAGACCUCAAUGCUUAAGAAAUUGGCUUGAGAGAAAGUAUUGGCAUUAAUAUUUUUUUCUACUGGUGGACUAGACAUUGUUGGUUGUAUCAUCCUGCUGUAGGUAAUUACAUCUUGGAAUCAUCCUGGAGGAUGGGAUCAUUGCUGCCUAGUAAACCAUGAGCUUUAUUCCAGAUUUAAAGUCUUAAUCACAAAGCACUUCACUUCAGACAACCAAAUGCUGAAGGUGUCAUGCACAGGUUUUAGUAAAAUUCAUGCUGAAUGUAAUCCUUUGUAGAGAGCUGGAAGCUGAAACUGUCCAUAUAAGAAGUGGUCCAUAUUUUCCAUGGUUUUGAUGUAAAUUUUUAUGGUCAGGAACAGGAGGCAAUUUAGUAGAGUGAGGCAUAUCGGUAUUGGACUUGUGUAGAUGUUUGAUGUAAGACACAUUCUCAGGUGUGCUUCAGUGAACAAUCAACCAUGAUCUGGAGCUAGGCCUCUGAACAUACACCCAUUUGCCUAGUUCAGUGUUGAGUGUCGGGGUAGUGGUGGCAGAGUGCAGGUGAAUAAGUUUAACAUUUUUCCAUUUAUCUUCAGAUUAACUUUGCUCCAGUGGUUAAAAUGUAGCCUUAUUAAGUGAAAGAUCGAGGAAAGGGUUCAACAAACAAUAUAGCUUUGUGUUAAUAAUUAUCAGUAGAUCAAUAAACCAAUCCAAUAUUGCAGUUGCACACUUACAUUGCAUGCAUUUGCAUUUUAAUCCUAUGAAAUGGCACUGCCUAAAUCAUGUGUGUCCACCAAUUGUGGAAAACUUAAGUAAAAUUUUGUAACUAAAUAAAGGCUGAUAAAACACCUGAUGGCAUUUUUGAAGAGCACAUGCAGAGAAUGACACGACAUUUCUAACAUACAAAAUUAGCUUUAAGUACCUAAGGAUAUCUAUGACACUAUAGUGAAAAUUUGUAUAUUGAGGUCUUAUUGUACAUUUAUUUGAUUAUUGUCAAACUGAUGUUUCCUACCAUGGUCCAUUUACAAAUAUUUAUAAACAAUUCCAGAAAAUUGAAGUGAAGCAAUAAUUUGUAAAUAUUGAAACUAUACUUGAAUGAUUGAAAUUAAAUCACAUUAAUUCUGUAAUAAUUUUGAUACUCAGAAUUGCCAGUAAUAAAGUGGCCACCCAGGAAAGUGCACUGGAAUGUGAUGAUUAAAAAACACAUUUCAAGAUUUAUAUAAACAUUAAAUAUUUUAAUCUUUUAUAUUUCAUUUGAACUUCUCAGGGGCAAAGGGUGGAUUCUGAGAGGAUCAGUUUCAAAUCAAUGUUCUUGAGGAUUUAGUUUGAAAUGGGAAGAAUGGUUUAAACAGAGAUUCAUUUAGAAAGACCCAUUUUCUCUGUAAUGAGGGUAAUUGUGUUUUAAUUCUUACUGUUUCUUAUUAAAGUAAUGAGAAUCUGCAAACAAAAAACAGAAUCACUAUGUAUUUUUAAUAAUAUCCUAUCCAGAUUCCCAUGAAAAAUUUCCUCUUUAACUUAUUUUCAAUAGCUUUAUUCAGGACCUACAAACACAGACAUUGCAACCAUAUAAGGAAAAUUUGGAGUAUUAUUUAUUCCUGAAUCAGGUGGCCCAUGAUAAUUAAAGGCAUAAAAUUGGAGCACGAGGGUGAAAUUACUAGAGUUCUCAAAAUGGUGCUUGUUUUUAAAGAUGAAAAUAAAACAAUGUUUUCUUGAUUCACAAUUAAAGACUGUAAAUAUUGAGAACCAGUUGGUCUGAUCUGCACCUGCAGCAUAAAUGAUCCCAUGUAAAAAAAAUCUACAAAAGGAUUGCAAGUUAUUUAUUGUGCAUACUUCUUAAUGCAUUAUACGAAGAGAUUUUCAAUCUUCUGAAUCAAUAGCUAAGUAGUAAGUUGAACAUUGCCAGCAUAUUUACCUUUAAUGAUCCCUGAAUUAUAGUUUCUGUAAGGAAACAGAUUCAGAAUUGAAAAUUCUAUGAAGAAAAAUGAGUAUCAUAGAAGAAUGUGUUGACAUUGCGUGAACUAAUGGUGCUAAAUUCAGAUCCAUGAAAAUGUACUGUGUACAAAUAAAGCACAUUAAUUGCAUUGUUGUUAACAAUAAUAAUUUGUAGAAAUUAAAUUUUAUGUUUCACAUCUUUUGCAUGGAAUACUGUUGAAGGCUCAUCCAGAAGAUCUUUAAUAGCUGAAACAAACAAUUUACAACAUUCUGGAUAAUGCUGCUAAUAAAAAUGUUUUAGAGAUUUUAAUGUGCAUUUCAAACGAGUUCAGUGAAAGGGCUUGAAGAAAAAUGGCCCUCUAUAUUGAAAAUAGAAUAGGUGACAGAAGUUUCUGGAAUAUCCCAUAGAUAUAAUCUUGUCUUUCUUGCAGCUAAUCACAUCAACGGUAUUGCUUAAUUUAGCACAAUUAUUAACCCACAUUUCAAACUUACAGGCAAGGUUUAAUAAUUUUAAAAUAUUUAAUUUCUGGAAAAAGAUAUCCAGCUUCCAAAUCAUUAAACAGUCAAUGUAGUGUUUCAAAUUAAGUUACCUGUGAAAUUCUAGUUUUACCCCAAUUGUUUGUUAGUUCUGAACAUGUUAUAUAUUAUUUACUGUAACAAUUCACUCUCAUUGUUUUCUUCAUUAAAUGCAAGAUUAGCAAAUUAUGAUUUAUGGUUCACAGCACACAGGAUUUUCCUUAAUCAGAUUAUGCUACUGUCUGUUGAGUGCCAACCCUAAACUCUUUAUCAAUUUACAUUUCACAAAAAUGUCACAACGCUUGAAUUGUUUUGCAGACCAGUGUGCUGAGAACUCAAAAUCUGACCUCUACAGUCAAAGUACUGUCAUUGCAGAAUAAAUACCCACUAGUUUUGCAGUGUGAAACUUAAAUACAUUUUGAUAUUCAGCAAAGGAAGCUAAAUUCUAGCUGUGUCAUAGAUUCUGGUUAAUUGGGCCAUCCAUUCAUCAGGGAAAUGGCUUAUUUUGGGAAAUCUGUUUAAAAACAACAAAAGCUAAAUUGAAAAAAUUGCCAGGAUUUCAUUUAUUUGGGGCAAAAAACUUGCCAAGCAGGUUCUAACUAGUAUCAGUCUCGUGCACUCGUGUGGCUGUUGAAUGCUGCACUAUGCUUAGAGCGAACAAAUUUUAAGUAGAGUAAGUUGCUUGCGUUUGUGUACAAAAAGUAGUGAUUUUUAUCACUAAUAUAUAUGCAAGAAAUAAACACAAUUCAGAACUGUUUUGCUCAGUGCGGUUUCAACUUCAAGUUAGGAACUAAUAGAAUUUGAAGGCAUUGACAAUCAUCUUGAAUGUUACAAUAAAAAUGAAGAUUUGGAGGAUGCAAUCAUAGAUAGCAUUAUAUGAAAGGUGUCCAUUUUCUGCUCUAGGUGGCUGCACUGAUUUUGUUCAUUGCAUACUUUAGAUGAACUCCUCUGUCAAUGAUGAUUAGUUAUUAACUAAUACAGUUAUGUAGAACUAUUGGUAGUGUUUUAAUGUGUUCUGUAUUUCACUGAAAUAUAUAAAUUGUUACUCAGUUUGUCUCAUAUCUUUUUAAAAUUUCAAAAUAGUGCAAUGGAAUAUUUUCAGCUGUGUUAUUCUCCAAUUCAAAUUCUUUGCCUAGUAUUAUAAUAAAUCAUCUAUCCAAAAUGCUAACUUCACAAAAUCUGUAGAUUUAAGUUGAAAAGAAGUAAGUGGAGGAAUGUGAUGGAUGUGAUUGUUUUGAGAGCCAGGAUAGAUUCAAUGGGCCAAAUGGCUUCCUCAAGAUGGGAAUAAAAAAAAUAAGCAUGGUCCUAUUAAUUGUUUUCUCAUAUAAAUUCACAUCUAAAGAGAAUUGUUCAAGUUGAU